GCUGUCCGCUACAACGUUUACUAAUCGUUUACCCGUCGCCGGCAGACGUGCACGGAGAGCGAGAUGCUGGACUUCCCGCGGCGCAUGCGCGACUGGCUGUUCAACAUCAUGCGCGACAUGGCGGAGCGCAGCGAGCUGACGCCGCACUACCUGCGCAUGGAGCGCGAGGCCGAGAGCAACCUCACGCGCCGCUGGACCAACGCCGCCGUCUGGAAGUGGUGCGACCUCGACGCGCACGACAACGACAGGUUCGUGUCGCGGCACGAGCUGUUCCCGAUCCGCGCGCCGCUGAUGGCGCUGGAGCAUUGCAUCGCGCCCUUCCUGGACAGCUGCGACGCCGACGACGACCACCGCAUCACGCUCGCCGAGUGGGGCAAGUGCCUGCAGCUUGACGAGGUAAGCCCGCCGUCUCGGAAUGACCCUGUAUGGUGAACCGACAAAAAUAUA